AUAAAUUGGAGAGAAGGGGACGGGAAAAAGGAAAAGAACCCUAGAAUUUUCGAUGGAGGAGCUAAAUCAGAAGAUCGCCACCGCUAUUAGCCAGUCGGCCGUUGAAGAUCUGGAGAAGAUGGUCGAAGCUCUCUCCGCCGAAACCCUCCCUAAUUUUCUCGACCGUGUCUAUGAUUCCGUCUCCGAUCCCAGUCCCGCCGUGAGAAAGGAGUGCCUACAACUCCUCUCGAACGUCUGUAGAGUACAUUCUGAUUUGGCGGCUUCAUACCUCACUGGAAUCAUCGCUCGGAUAGUUAACAUGCUGAAGGAUUCUAAGUCCAGUCUCGCCUGUCAAGAUACCAUUGGUUCUUUGGCUGGCAUUUAUUUGAAAGAAGGGAACAACACCGGUUCAGCCUCAUCGGUAGUGGCUCUGUUUAUGGAGCCGUUGUUGGAUGCAAUGGGAGAGGAGAAUGUCGAGGUACAAUCCGGAGCUGCAAUGUGUUUGGCUAGGAUGGUGGACGCAGGGGCCGGUUCUCUGAUUACUUCUUUCGAAAGGUUUUUUCCUAGAGUCAACAAGCUGUUGACCAGCUCCAAAUUCUUGGCUAAGGGUUCACUUUCUCCUGUUGUUACACGUCUGGCUCAGCAACUUCCUAGGGCUGGGCGCAAGCGCAGAGAGCCAGAACCUGCUAACAGAGCGUGGAUACACAGCUUUCUUGUGAUGCAUGAUGUGCCUGACGAGGUUAUAGUAGCUAUAGAGACCAAGACACCAUAUGGCAGGAUGGAACGCAGGGUAGCUAGAACAGGUGAAAUAUUCAUGCAGUGGGGUGUUCAAGAGAUCAGGGAGAAUAAAGACAUCAAACCAGAAGAUAGUGGGGCUUUGGUUUGGACACCCAGAGCAGGUGUUGUUCGAAACCAAUCGGACCAUGGCACAGAUCAGUGUAGCGCAUGGCGUUACAUCAACAGAUUGGAUGAUCAUUUUGUGACCCUCAGUGCUCGGUACCUCACGUACUAUGUUUCUGAGAGUAUGAGAGAAGAAGCUGCAGCUCAUGGUGACCGACCAGAGACACACCAUUGCCACGGAUAUCAUAUCAAAGAUGCCAUAGAGUUCAUUCGAGACAAGGGAGUGCCAGAAGAAGACCCUAAUGAUGCGAUAAAUGGAUUCAGCUGCGUCUAUGAACGACCAGAGCAGUUUCCUUCUUCACCCCUAUACAAUCUUCCUCGUGAAGUGCGAGUGGUGGUGUCUGAUGACCUGAUGGAUCUAUAUAGGAUGUUAAGGACACAGCCAGUUGGAGCAAAUGUCCACUUUUUCCAUCCAGAAUUUGAUCAGAUUGGAGGAGGAAUAUAUGUUGGGUGUACCAGUGAUGGGUCAGAAUACAAGGGACUUCAUUCUGUGAUCGUCGUCGCACUUACUAGAGAGAAUAAUAAGCUCGUGGCUGUUGUAAAGUCCAGCCAUGGUACAGAGAAAGGCAACGGCGGUUACAUGUUCGUGUCUCUAACAAGGAUGCUAGUCGAUGUGGGAUACCGUGGAAGCAAACAUAUCUAUGGUCGCCGCAAAGCUGUUGAAGUAAAGUCUCCGUCCUACCUUCUUAGAGAUUUCACGUUUAUAGAAUCGCCGCCAACAACUUCGGAAACACCAAAAUCAGGGAGCGGUAAAAGCAAAAGGAAGAAAAGAAAGGUUUCGGGCUGCAAGGAAACGUCUGGUGUUGGCUCAGCUGCUGGAGAAGGAUUAGGUGAUGGCGGAUCAUCUUCCACACCAUCUGUGUCGGCGGUAGACAAGCAUACCACAAGAGUCACUCUCUCUUCUUCUUCUUCGUCUUGGUGUAGUAGCGGAAGCGGUGGAUUUAGGAGUAGUAAUUGUAGUUCUAAGCUUUUCGAUUCUCCGGCGAGUUCGAGAUCGGAUUUGAAGAAACGUAACGGGAAGAGUAAUUCACGGUUAAACGGACUUUCGUUAGAGAAAUUAAAGUCAGUUAAAGCGUCGUCGUCAUCCGCUGGACAGAGCAGCGGUGAAGUGAUCGACGACGGAGAUGCGGCGGCGCGUGGUUUAGCUGUUACUUCUGGAGAUGUAACGUCGGUGGGAAGUUUCAGUAGCGGCGAAUUUGUUAGCGCCGGUAGUGGCGGUUUAGCUGGACCUUCUGGUGAGGUUACUUCCGUCGGCGAAUUUGUCGGCGGAAGCGGCGGAGAUUUCAAAGCUUGGGAUAAGAUCGAUGCUAUUGUUAGGUUGAGUUAUGGAAUCGGAAUAUAUUGUGGAAUGGCUGUAGCAGGAAGAUUCAUAUGUGAAGUAGCAGGAAUUGAUUAUACAGGAGGUUUUAAUGCUUCUUUGGAUACAAUUAUUGCUGGACUUGGUUAUGCUUCUCCACCUAUUAUGGCUCUUCUCUUCAUUCUUGAUGAUGAAGUUGUGAAAUUGUCGCCGCAUGCUCGUGCCAUUAGAGAUGUUGAAGAUGAGGAGCUUAGAGGCUUCUUUCAUGGAAUGUCAGCUUGGCAGUUUAUCUUAGUAGUUGCGGCAAGUUCAGUUGGAGAAGAGCUCUUCUAUCGCGCUGCGUUUCAGGGUGCACUAGCUGAUAUAUUCCUAAGGGGAACAGAUCUCAUCUCAGAUUCUCGAGGAAUGGUCGCUUUGACUGGACUCUUGCCACCAUUUGUACCAUUUGCUCAAGUCUUUGCAGCCACUAUUACAGCCGCUCUCACUGGUUCUCUCUAUUACGUUGCUGCUUCCCCUAAAGAUCCAACUUAUAUAAUGGCACCGGUCUUGAAAACUCGCUCUGCCCGUGAUGAGCUGAAGAAGUUGUUUGCAGCGUGGUACGAGCGAAGACAGAUGAAGAAAAUCUACUCUCCUCUUCUCGAAGGGCUUUUGGGUCUAUACCUCGGCUUUGAAUGGAUUCAGACAAACAAUCUUCUUGCUCCUAUCAUCACACAUGGUAUAUACUCGGCCGUUGUAUUGGGGAAUGGUCUCUGGAAACUACACCAUCAUCAGCAAAGACUCCGGCUACGCGUUCAGAAACUUGAAACUGAAGGUGACGACAACUCAAGAUAGAUAAAUAACUGAAUAAACAUUAUCCUUUGUU